CGUAGAAACGUCAAAGAACAUAGAACAGAAAUAGUAUUAUUAUAUGUGAUCACAAAACAAGACAGCGCCACCACAAAUCUCUGUCACGUUCUCUCCUUCCUUUUCAACCUUGUAUAUUAUUAUUUUCUUUUAUUUUCAUUUCUAACAUUUCUCUGUAAAAUCUCUUCUUAUAGAUUCCACACUGAAACAAAGAAAAAUUGUAAAAUGAAGAGCACUCACUCGCCUUUACCUGACGAGUCCAAGGAACCAAUCUCUCCGGGAUCUUCUCACCGGAAACAAAACAAGGAGGUCACAAAAACAUGUUUUCCGGAGAGCAUUACGAGUCGCCGGAAUAUAAAGGUCCAGCCGGAGACAACACCGGUGUUGUCUGGACGUGAGAGGCUGAAGAGACACAGAGAAGAAGUUGCUGGAAAAGUUCCAAUACCGGAGAGUUGGGGUAAAGAAGGAUUGCUUGUGGGGUGGAUGGAUUUCUCUACCUUCGACGCUUCUUUUACGUCUAGCCAGAUUGUCUCUGCUCGAGCUGCGUUAAUGGCUGACGCCGGAGAUGAUCCUGGCGCUAGAGAAAGUAGGGCUCAGCGGCUCAGGGUUGAGAGCUCUUGUUAAUUUCAAUUCUUAGAGAAAUAUGUAAGGAAAUAAUUCUUACCGUGAUGUUGAAUGUUGUUAGAUACAUGUCUUCAUAUUGAUUUUGGAAACUGAAAAUUAAUACAACUAUUCAAAGUUUCAAUUAGUAAAUUAAAUGAUUUAUUUGGGGAA